AUGGAUGAUGAAAAUGAUGAUCCAUCAUGCAGAGUUUGCAAGAAGACAUUCAAAUCAAUGAAAUCAUUAUAUGGUCACAUGAGAUGUCAUCAGAGAAACUGGAGAGGAGUAAGUCCUCCACCAAAUGCAGCUGAUUUCAGUGAUUCUAAUCAAGCUUUGCCCCCGAAGAAUUGGUCGAUAACUGCGAAAAGAGGUCGAAAAGCCGGAAAAAGUAGUACUACUCCUUCAAGUCCUAAUGAUCCAAUAUUAACUGAUGCUGUCACUAAUCUUUUGCUUCUUGCAAACCAACAAUCGAAAGCCGAAAAACCGGAGAAGAAGUCGGAAUUAAGACGACAUCAAUGUGUUACUUGUAGCAAAAUCUUUACUUCUCAUCAAGCAUUGGGAGGUCAUAGAUCAAGUCACAAGAAAGUUAUUGUUAAUGAAGAUCGAAAAGUUCGAAAAUUGCUCGAUUUCGACUUGAAUGAACCUCCAAAGGAGGAAGAUGAGUAUUAA